UUCCUGAGCUCAGUUCGAUUCGGGGACGAACUCCGUCCGGAUCACAACUUGUUGUACCGCGCGAGACUGGGCGCAUCUAACACUUCGAAAAUAGGACAGACUACACAGGCUAACGUGACGUACGCGUGAGUGACUGAGAGGGAUGUGAAGAGGAAGGCAGGACGCCGGCGUCGACAGACUUCUCAGUCUACUGCUUGGACUAUAGGUACUUGAACUGCACCUCUCUGUCUGGCUCAGUACUGUACCAAUUUGGCGAUAUGCAGUUCAUGACAGAAAGCGACAGAAAUGUCAACAAGGGGAAGCUGCAGUUGUGACAGUUUUUUAUCGUCAGUCAUGUUCACUGGCAGCGCCUCCUACAAGUCUUCUUUCGUCGCUUUUUACUGUUUCCUUCUGUUUAAUUCAUUCGUUGACGCUUUGUAGAUAAGGAAAAGAACGUUCAGACGCCAUCGUGAACUUCAGUGCUUUGAAAUUUCCUCAUAACUUCAAGUCCACGUAAAGAACAUAUAAUUUAUGACAGAAAGGAACAGCGUGCGACAACUUGGUUGAUUUAGGUUUUCCUUUCUAAAAAGCUGAAACGAAUCACAGAAACUUUCUUUUUUUAAUUUCUCUUUUCAUUUAUCGUAAGCGUCUACACGGACUGACACGUCAGCCGACAGAGACCAGUGAAGCUGAAAUCAAUUUUCUACUUUACUUGACGAAUUUUAUGACGUUCCUCACUUUAUAAGCUUCUAAGCCGAUUCGUCACAUCUCGUAAUUCGAAAGAAGAGCGUGUGCAUAUGAAUACACUCCGUUCGUGGCUUAGGAAAUUUCUAGAAGUUUGCAGUGUACUUGUAAACCUCAGAUCUAAAGACUUCCUUCCCCUGUCUUUAUUCAAUGAAGUUGAAAUUUGCACUACGGAAACGUGUUUGUCUUUUGUGCCAGGUUAAGUUUAUUUAAAGCGAAGACUUUCACACAGAAACGAUAUUCAAGUCUUCUAUGAAAUAAGUUCUGAGAAGUAACUUGUGCUAUGUAAAAUAAAUUAUAUCGAAGGAAGGUAAGACACUCCCAGGUACAAACUUCAUCCAAACUAACAUUUCUUUACGAAAGUUUGACAUUCAUAUAAGAGAAAUUUUGGAGAAUUUAAUCCAUAUCAGACACACAUAAACUUCUACUAGUCAAUCAGAUUCUAUGUCAGGUGUAAGAAAGCAAUAAAACUUUCUGUAAAAUGAAAAAAAAAAAAAUCAGUAAUUUAGACUCACAGCACUCGUUAUUAUAAUACAAAGAAAUUAAAUUGAUGGAAAUUAUUUAAUUGAGCAUAUGAAACCGAGUUCUAAUUUUCAACCCCUAUAAACCGAAGCAUACAUGAAAUUCAUGCUUUUUCAUGCCGUGAAAUGUACACAGAAUCCUGUUGACCGUGUCAAGUGUUUAAUAUUUAUGGACAUGAAUCAAGCAUUUCUCUAAUCCGCGAUCUGUACUUCGAAUUUAAACAAAUAAAUGUAUUCUAAUGCAGCGAUGAGUGUGCAAACGUCAAAUGCAAUUUAUUUAGGAUAACAAUUUUGUAGAAAAACGUAAAUAAAUAUAUAAAUAGGAAGUGGAAGAAUCAAGAAACUAUAAGUUCUCACGCCAUUUUGCGACCGCGCCAUAAAUCUCGAGAUGAAGAGGAAGAAGGCAGCCAGUCAACCUUACAGCAACGAAACGCUCUGAGUGAGGCUCCACGCCGCCACUCCAUGGCACUUCGUGACGUCACCAGAUUGUGGUACUGUCUCCUUGUGCUUGUGGCCGGCCUACUUAUUCUGGUGACUGCGGAAGUCUUCAUGAUGAAGGAGCAAAGGAGUGCCGUAAACAGAGCGUCCGGUUCCCGCGCGGUGCUGUUUCUGCGAGAGCUGUGCCUUCAGCCCCAAGUGAACGUCACAAGAUUGGAGGGGCUCGCUGCCCAAUACAUCGCUUCGGUGGAUGACAGUGACCCCGUACAACUGGAUAUACUCUCGAAGUCAGUCGUGUGUACAGACAUGCUCGGCGGGCUGACCGCAUUGCUGGAAGCGCUUACUGAUCGCAGCACAACGGCCCUGAUUGGCUCGGUGGAUCCCGUGCUGUGCGAGACGGUGGCGAAACUGGCAACCCACAGGACCAAGUCCUUCAUUACCUGGAGCUGUCCGCAGAGUCCUCUGUCGGAUCGGCAUAAAUACUCCACGUUCUUCAGACUCGUGCCAUCUUUGUCUGCUACUGCGGACGCCCUUGUCACAAUUGUCAGCCACUUCCGGUGGAAAUACAUUGCCAUUAUCACGGCAGACACAGGCUGGUGGCUGCAGUUGGCUCACACUCUCGACUUGUCUUUGCGGAGAGAAGGCUUUGUGGUUCGCCAUCACGUCGUGCUGCCAGACAACCCUUUGUCUGCUGACACAUUAACUGCGAAGCUAGAACCUCUGCAAACUGCACCCUGUAGGGUAAUCAUUCUUUGUCUUCCACUGCUGGGCUCAACGCUAACAAACAAUCUUCUGUCCGCCAUCAAUUCGCUCAGGUUGGCUCAACUGCCGAACACCACGCUGAUCGCCGUUCACUUGACAUCUGUCACUCCCUUCCUUCCUGUCCCUCGAUCAAGCUCUGAGCACCCCUCCAUCCCAGAGUCGACUACGGCGGUGCCUGUAACCCACACCGAAAAUCUUGAAAGCGCCAUGUAUAUUCAAAAUCCUCGAUCUCACACUAGACAUUCUCCUAAACAUACUUCCACGCAAACACCGAAAGUGUCUCAAAUGCCUUCUGAAACUCUAACUUCGUCAGAACUCCUCUUAACCUCAGAAUACACAGACUUAAGUCCCAGAACCCAUACCACCUCCAAAGCGACCCAAACACCGAAACUUUCAAGUUCGAUACUUGGCAGUCAUUCCACGAACAUCUUGGGACCGUCCAGGGAUGCAAGCAGUAGGUGGAGGAGGUAUUCGCCACCAGAAGAUGUGAGUCAGGCGACCAAGAGGGCCAUGCUAGUGUUGACUGUGACUGAGAGUGGUGCUAGUGUGGAAGAAAUGUUCAACCAGAGCCCUGCUUCGUCCGACUUUAACCGGCACACAGAGCAGGAAUGGGAAUUAUGGCAACAUGUGAAGGAAGGCUUGAAGAUAAUGCAGAGUGCAAGGAAGAGUCAGCAUCAACAGAAUUCUGCUGCAGAGCACAACAGCUGCCGUGAGGACAGAUGUACUUAUCGAUUUGUACUCCUUGACUGGUUCGAAGAGUUAAUAAACACAUCAGCAAACAGCGUGCUGGUGGCGAGGUGGCGACCACUGCUCCAAGUUGAAGCAAGAAGCCAACAAGAAGCCAACAAGACGAGAAACGGAUCUUCGUUUUCCUUGGUGCCUCUGGUUCCUUUACUGAAAGAUUGGGCCAGAAUAAAAAAAGAGGGCGUCUCAUGUGAAUUUGGGGACUAUGACAGUUGUGCGGAUUCUGAACCGACAGGAGGUUCCGAGCUCAUACUGAAAGGAGCACACAUAGCUGCAAUUGCCAUUUGUUCAGCUCUCUGCGCUGCCGUCCUCGUCGUCGCUGGAGCCGUUGCUAGGAAGCAGCUCCUAAAGAAGAGGAUGUCUAAAGGACCGAACAAAAUUCUUCUCACGCCCUCAGACUUUGUGUUUCCCCACGUCCCCGAUUCUCUCAGGGUGGACGAAGGCAUAGAAGCAAUGCUGUGCUGCUGGCUCCAACAGCUGCAGGAAUUUGGGGGCCCAGAAGUCGAUAAGCCUGAUCUAUUGAAGGGUUCUGUAGGUUCAUUAAAGUCUCAUCCUCAGCCUAAGAGUGCGGGCAGUACAACUAGCCUGGCUAGGAACUUCUUAAUGGACCCUAAGGCAAGAUACAAUGGAGAUUUGGUACAGCUGAAGGAGAUUCCACUUCAGGGAACGUUCGAGCUGAAGAACAAGGCCAUGGAUGUGCUCGUUACAAUGCACGGCUUGCGGCACGAGAACCUGAACGUCAUGAUUGGAUGUCUGACGGAUCCCAACCGACCAGCCCUGGUACUAGAGUGGUGUAGCCGAGGCUCGCUCGAGGACGUUCUGGUGCAGGACGAGAUCAAGCUGGACUGGUCAUUCCGACUAUCGUUGCUUACAGACCUAGUGAGAGGAAUGAGAUAUUUGCACUCAAGUCCUAUCCGCGUUCAUGGUUACCUCACUUCCCGUAACUGCGUCAUUGACGCACGCUGGGUUCUCAAGAUCACAGACUACGGCUUGCCUGCGUUCUACGAGGCGCAGAAUAUCACACCGCCUUCUAAAACUGCAAGAGAUUUGCUGUGGACUGCUCCAGAAUUGCUCCGGAACCCUUCGCUGCGCAAGACGGGCACCCAACCCGCUGAUGUCUACAGCUUCGGUAUCAUUAUGCAGGAAGUUGUUGUCAGAGGGGAGCCCUUCUGUAUGCUCUCCCUCAGUCCCGAAGAUAUCAUUGAGAAGGUGAAACGCCCGCCACCGCUUAUACGCCCUUCAGUGAGUAAAGGUGCUGCGCCUCCUGAGGCCAUCAAUAUCAUGCGACAAUGUUGGGCAGAGCAGGCAGACAUGAGACCCGACUUCGGCUCCGUUCAUGAUCUCUUCAAGAAACUCAACCACGGCAGAAAAGUAAACUUCGUCGAUACAAUGUUUCAAAUGUUGGAGAAGUAUUCAAACAAUCUGGAGGAGCUCAUUAGGGAACGCACGGAGCAGCUGGACAUGGAGAAGAAGAAGACUGAACAACUGCUGAACAGAAUGCUUCCAAGCUCAGUUGCGGACAAACUGAAGUUAGGGAUGCCUGUGGAUCCUGAAGAUUUUCGAGAAGUUACGAUAUAUUUCUCUGAUAUCGUUGGCUUCACGACAAUCUCCGCAUAUUCUACACCGUUUGAAGUCGUUGAUUUGCUUAAUGAUUUGUAUACUUGCUUCGAUGCGACAAUCAAUGCUUAUAAUGUGUACAAGGUGGAGACCAUAGGUGAUGCCUACAUGGUAGUGGGAGGACUACCAGUUCGGAUCUCGGAUCAUGCCGAUCAGAUAGCAACUAUGGCGCUGGACCUGCUGUACCAAAGUGGCCGUUUUAAGAUCAGGCACCUCCCAUACACGCCCCUGCGACUUCGAAUUGGACUGCACACAGGCCCAUGCUGUGCAGGGGUCGUGGGACUCACGAUGCCGCGAUACUGCCUGUUCGGGGACACCGUCAACACCGCGUCCAGAAUGGAAUCGACAGGAUCUGCAUGGCGGAUUCAUCUGUCACAAGCGACGAAGGAGCAGCUGGAUCAGGUGGGGGGCUUCCAGCUGGAGUACCGCGGUGAGAUUGACGUCAAGGGUAAAGGUAAAAUGCAUACGUACUGGCUGCUGGGUAAAGCCGGUUUCGACAAGCAACUUCCCACCCCGCCACCCAUAGAGGAAAGCCAUGGGUUGGAUGAGCGACUAAUACAGUUAAGCCGCGCCGGUGUUUCUGGAGUCGCUGCGGAACAUCGAGGGCGCAGCAUCAUCCCAUCUCGUUCUGAAGACGGCAGUUCUGGAGAUGUAAGCGCUUCUGAUGGCCUCACUCCACCAGCGGCAAAGGCGAAACUCAGCACGGAUCAGCAGCCGUUGGCAGCAGCUCCACGAAGCUCUGAACAACCGCCGGAUUCGAAUUCAAACAAAAAUUUUGCCUCUGAUCUCAAGGGUGUAAAAGUGAAUGCAGCGGUUCAUAACGAAAAGUUAAAUUUGAGAGACGACUCUAAACCAAAUGAAAACACAAAAUCGGAAAAAAGUGAAUUAUCGCAAGUGAAAUCAGGUUCUAGGCAAGACCACGAAUCGUUGAAGAACACUGACGCUAAUAAAAUUUCGGAUUUCAAUAAUCAAAUGUCGGGUGGAACAGGUACUGUGAGAAGUUCGUCUAGCGAUCACCAGAUGGCUUGUGGCUCUGGCGUAUCUGCUUCAGAAGUAACAGCUGCACUUCUCGGGGUUUCAGCAUCAACACAGUCAAUAAACAAUAACAGCAUCACUUUCCGUACGAGCAACAGACAUCGCAAAGUUGUAACUUCUCAGGAGGAAGACCUGAGUUCUCCGUACAACCACUAUCGCUGCUUGUCGCCAAGCGAUCACCAGAACUCCCACAACCACUUCAUUAAGCCCCUCCACGGAAUUGGAGCCUCCGGUCUCGGAUCUAACCGCUUUCUGAAGAGACAGUUCAGUUUGGAUCGCGGUGACGAACCAUCUGCGCAUAUCCUAUCAGGCGCGUCCUCAAUGACCACGAUGACACUGGACAGCGGUACUUCGUCCGCCGGAACGCCCAGAGCAUCAUCUACUGGCAGACUCUUUAAGCAGAACUCUGCUGGAGCCGCACACGACUUGGAAAGGAUUGAGGAGAUCCCUCUGAUGAACACCGCGGGAAUGGCUUCCCCAAGGCCAGGAAACGCGAGAGGCACAGCGAAUGCAAACUAUUUCAGACAGCGAUGUGAACUGCCACCGUUUUCAUCACCUUCAAUAUCUGUGUCCGUGGAAUCCCUGAACUAAAAUAAUCUUACAUAACUCGUUAUAUUCAUGGCAGUAGUUUAUAUACAGUUUGAUGAACUGAUGGCCGGCGAACCAUAUAGAAAACACUAUGAUACUGUCGUUCUUUGAUACUUAAACUUUUCCAUAAUAACAUAGGAGUUAAGCGGAUUACUAUAUUAUCUGUAAGUAUAGAAGCAUUGAAAAUGUGGAGUACUUGUCUCAUAGACAGUCCUCGAAACACGCGUGAAGUACAAAACAAUAUCUUACUUUCAGAACAUACUCAUUGCUUUCAGCUAUGUUUAUGUCCUCAGUAUCUCUUUAGGUAUUAUCACUGUUGCAAGCACUCUGAAACAUCAUUCUCUUUUUACCCUUUCGCCCGGUUUGGACUGCAUAACUGAAUUAGUGGAACGUCACUCCACAUGCUUUAGAGAAAUUAAGAAGUCCUGUUUAGUUCCUUUCAUAAGGGUGCCCCGUGGUAUAUUGGUUAGCGCUUUUGGCUCCUCGCGGGAUUGGAAUGUUGUAAAUACUUACGUAGAAUGGUCUCUACUUAAAGGAAAAUAUAUCACAAUCAACAGACUCAUAGUAUGAAUUCCAGCUUAUUCUUAAGUCAAUAUAAUUUAUCUCUGGAAAAAAUUAUUUCCCUGCAAAAUUAUUUUCUACCAUUAAUCGAAACUGGACUAAUAAGAAAUUACGAUGGGCAGCUUUUCAUCGUGGGGUGAAAAGUCGCCCUAAAUCUAAAAGGCGAACGUGGAAUAGGCCGUUGUAUUCAUAUCACCGCUCCUGGAAAUUUCAUUUCUGCGACAAUAUUUGUCAUCUCACUAUUAAAUGACCCUCGGCAUAUUUAAUAGUUGUCUAUCCAUGGUUUACUGGCACUCUUUUAUCUAUAAAUAGUUUAUACCGUCACACACACUCACACACACUCACACUAUGUAGUUUCACAUAUUCUCAUUUACCGCAACACUCCCAACCUCAAUAUUAUCUUAAGGCUGACUAAAACGUUUCAUUUUUACACUGUUUACUGGCUGAUAUAUAUUAAGUACGACAGAUGUUACAAAUCAAGAAUGAUCCCUGUGUGAUUUAUAUCAAUUGCUGUCUUAUAUAAAUACCAUUUUAAGUAGAAGAGUUCUGCUAUAUAUAAAAAAGUAAAGCUAUCCCUGUAACAGGCCGUGAAGGCCCAUAGGGUUGUGAGACG